AUGUUCGAUGUACGUGAAGAUCCUGAACAAAAAGCAAAAUGUGACGAAACAAUGGAAUUAUUAUUAGCUGCUGGAUAUUUUCGUGUGCGCAUCAAAGGUUUAUCUGACUUUGAUAAAGUCGUCGGCGGACUUGCCUGGAGUAUUCAAGCAUGUAAUUUUGCUGUUGAUAUAGAUGUACUCUAUCAAGAAAACGCUAUUCUUGGUCAAAAAAUAGCAUUAACAGAACGUAUUGUUCUUGUAUUAUCUCGUAUGAAAUGUUCACAUGCAAUUGAACCUCAUCAAAUUCAAGGUGGUGAUUUUAUACAUAUAUUUCCGGUUGUUCAAUGGCUUGUUAAACGUGUAUUUGAACGACGUGCUGAAAUAGGCGAUUUCAAUCGUGCCUAUGCAUUAAAUCAAUAUGAUAAACAAUUUGGUGAAUUAAUUGAUGAAACAAAAUUAACGUCAUUUAAAGAAAAUGUUGAAGAUAUUCGAAUUCGUCAUCGACCUAAACGUCGUUAUCGUUGUUUGGAUAGUAAAAAAAAACGAUUAAAUAAUAUUGAUGAACGUCGUAAACGUAUACAUUCGACUCUGGUUGAAUUUGGUCAAAUGCAUCAAUUAUUGGAUACAUCGGCGGGUAAUGAAAAACCACAACAAGAGGUUGAUGCAUUAAUUAAAAAUAUGGUUGAUGAAAAAUCAAAAAUUGCCACACAAAUUGUAAAUUCAUUAGUUAAUCAACAACAAGAUACAUUACGUGGAAUAAUUGAAGAUUUUGAAGAAAAAGAAAAAGCUCGUCUUGAAGAGGCACUUUUAUCUGAAAGUGGUCAACAACAAUUAGCAAUACGUACAUUUAAAGUACAAUUAAAUAAACAGACCGAAAGAAUAAAUACUUUACAAAAAAAUAUUGAAGAAUUACAAAAUAAAAAAGAAGAAACAAAAAAUUCAGCACUUGAAGUUAAACAACAACAUGAAAAACUUAAAGAAGAACUUGAACAAAUUGAAAUACAAACGAAAAGCGUUGAUCCUGAAGCUCUUAAACGAGUUCAAAGACUUGUUGGUGAUUAUGAAGCAGCAAAAAAAGAAGAAAAUGAACGACGUACAACAUACAAAAAUGAAAAGAAUGAACUUGAUCAAGAAAUGACAAAAUUACAAGCACGUCUACAAUCAUCACCUGAUGAAGGCACUCCAGAAAAUGAAAAAAUGAGACAAAUCGAAGAACAAUAUCAAACGGUUUCUGAUCGCUUACAAACACAACGUCUUGUUAUGGCAAAAAAAGUACGUGAAAUAUCUGCACUUAGUCGACGUAUUGAUGAUAUUCCAUCAUCCAGUGAAUUAGCUCAAUAUCGUCAAGCAUUUUUUCAAUUAUAUAACCAAAGUGCAGUUUUAUAUCGACAAACUAAACAAAAUUAUACAUUAUAUAAUACAUUUACGGAUAUGAUUGAUUAUAUGACUAAAGAAAUAACAUUAAUCGAAUCAAUUAACGAAGGUUAUCCACAAGCGAUUUUAUCAUCAAGUGGUAAAGAUCAUUUUCUUAAACAAUUAGAAAGUAUAGUUGAAAGUGUUAAUCAAAGUCGAACUAAAAUUGAACGACGUCAACAAGAAGAAAAAUCAAAACGUGAUGCAUUAAAUAUACAAUUGGCACAAUUAAUAGACAAAGCACGACAAUAUGCUAAAGUUCUUAAAGAUUUUCAAGAAGCUAUUCGAGAAAACGAAUAUCUUACAUCAAAAUCCAAAUAA